AAAUUGAACUUUUUGUUUUUUUUUUUUCUCGCGUGCUGACUGUUGCAUGCAACGGAGGUGUUUGAGCAGUGUGUGAUACCGAUUUUUACUUAUUCUGUUUUUUUUCAAAACAAAAAUAUAACGUAAUAUAUACGUUUAAUACCUUUUAUAAAUAUUUGUCUGUUGUUAUUGGUUAAAUAAACAAUCAAUUACGGUGGCGUUAACCCGUUCCAACGGGGCGGCCAAAUAAUUCUUCCCUCUUCACGGAAGGAAGUAACUUAAUAUUUAAAAAAAAAAAAAAACUUUUUGUUUACCUCGUCGAAACCAAUAUAAAUUGAAUUAAAAAUGUCCACCAACGCUGCGAUAGAACUGGCCCUGGACCGGGUGGACUGGCGCGACCUGGCCGCCCACGCGGACAACCUGCCCAGGGUCUACACACCCGGCGAGGUGCUGAUGCCGGAGGCGGGAUUCAUGCGUGGCCACGGAACCUUCGUGGAGGACGAGAACAUCAAGGCCUCGGUGGCCGGCGUGAUCCAGAAGGUCAACAAGCUGAUCUCGGUGCGUCCGCUGAAGAGUCGCUAUGUGGGCGAGAUCGGCGACGUGGUGGUGGCCCGCGUCUGCGAGGUCCAACAGAAGCGCUGGCGCGUGGACACCAACUCCCGGCUGGACUCCGUCCUCCUCCUCUCCUCGGUCAAUCUGCCAGGCGGCGAACUGAGGCGCAGGUCCGCCGAGGACGAGCAGAUGAUGCGACGCUAUCUGGACGAAGGGGACCUCAUCUCCGCCGAGGUCCAGAACAUCUUCGAGGAGGGCACUCUCUCCCUGUACACGCGCAGUUUGAAGUACGGCAAACUGUCGCAGGGCAUCCUAGUUAAGGUCUUCCCCGCCCUCGUCAAGCGGCGAAAGAUGCACUUCCACAAUCUUCCCUGCGGCGCCUCCGUGAUCCUGGGCAACAACGGCUACAUCUGGAUAUCGCCCACCAAGGGCAAGGAGCAGGAGGGCGGCGAGGGCGGCUUUGCUCUCAACUUAAACGAGCACAUACCUCGCGCUGAUCGGGAAGUGAUCGCCCGCCUGAGGAACUCCAUCCUGGCGCUGGCCAAGUGCAAGCUGAUGAUCUACGACACCAGCAUCCAGUACGCCUACGAGGAGUCCCUGAAGUACGAGGCCCACGAGCUGCUCCAGCAGAACGUCAUCUACGACAUCGGCGAACAGACGCAGGCUCGCCUGAGGGACGCCGACGAUUAGUUUGGGUUUUUAUGCGGAUAAGAUAAAUAAAUAGAGCCUAUAGUCUUUUUCUAAUUCGAAAGUAUUAA